GCUGGCCUUGGAGUCCCUGAGCUCCGCAAGUCCAGUAUCACGGCGGUCACGUUCCCGGGCGAGGGCUCGCGCCCCAGCUGGGCGCUGGUUGGCCAAGCCGUGGGGCCCAUGGUCUGGCGAUUGGUCCGAAGGGUUGGUUCACGUGGUCGGGAGCAGAUAAGUGGCAUCUCGGGCGCCGCACCCGCUAUGGGUCCCAUUUACCACGGAGCCUGGAAGGCUGCGAGCGGGGUGCUAACUUGUGCAGGUAGCGGAGUGCCGGCUGUCACUGUUCACCGCCACAUCUCUGCCAAAUGAGCUGCACCAGAAUGAUCCAGGUUUUAGACCCACGGCCUUUGACAAGUUCAGUCAUGCCAGUGGAUGUGGCCAUGAGGCUCUGCUUGGCUCAUUCACCACCCCUGAAGAGUUUCCUGGGCCCUUACAACGACUUGCAUCGAAGAAAUUUUGUGAACAAAUUAAAACCUCUGAAACCAUGUCUCAAUAUAAAACAGGAAGCCAAAUCACAGAGUGACUGGAAGCGCUCCCACAGUCAGGCCAAGAAGCGUGUAGUGUUUGCUGACUCCAAGGGCCUGUCUCUUACCGCCAUCCAUGUCUUCUCUGACCUCCCAGAAGAACCAGUCUGGGACCUCCAGUUUGAUCUCUUGGACAUUAAUGAUAUGUCCUCUGGCCUAAAACUCCACGAAGAGAAAAACUUGAUUUUAGAUUUCCCUCAACCUUCUGCUGAUUACCUAAGUUUUCGGAACCAUUUUCAGAAGAACUUUGUUUGCCUGGAGAACUGCUCUUUGCAGGAGCGAACAGUUACAGGGACCGUGAAAGUGAAAAAUGUGAGCUAUGAGAAGAAGGUUCAGAUCCGCAUCACAUUCGAUAGUUGGAAAAGCUACACCGAUGUGGACUGUGUCUACAUGAAAAAUGUGUACGGUGGCUCGGAGAGCGACACCUUCUCCUUUGCCGUUGAUUUACCUGCUGUCAUUCCAACUGAGGAGAAAAUUGAAUUCUGCAUUGCUUACCAUGCUAAUGGGCAGGUCUUCUGGGACAACAACGAGGGUCAGAAUUACAGAAUUGUCCACGUGCAAUGGAAACCAGAUGGGGUGCAGACACAGAGGGUGUCCCAGGAUUAUGCAUUCUAUCAGGUGCCCCCUAAGACCGAGUUAGAGCCAACUAUCUUUGGCAGUCCCAGGCUGGCCAGCGGGCUCUUCCCAGAAUGGCAGAGCUGGGGGAGGAUGGACAACUUGGCCUCUUAUCGAUGAAUGAAGCCACCUGGUGACUGCUGUUCACCUGUCAUAUUCUCCAUGUAGUUCUAGGUCUGUAUUGCUCAGUAUUAGGAAGCCUGUGCUACUUGCCUCCAGUAGGUGUAGGUUUGAGCUUUUGAGACCUGGCUACAAAAAGAUAGUCACUUGAGAAUUUAGUUCUGGGAUCUGUAUGGAUGAUGCUGCCCAGUUUUGCUUUGGAGGAUCAAGUCACAGCCUGGAACCCUGUUUUUAUAAGUCAUGCUUUUGCAGUGCCCGGUCUCCACCCCUCCCAGUUCACUAGCUUUCACAUUGGGCAAGGAAAGGUUGAGGAAGGACGAUUGAUGGUGACGGAAAGCUGUGCUAAUGGUAUGAGGGAAGUCUGAAAAGUGUACACAGGGCCUUAGCAGCUCGAGUCAGCAGGAGUGGGAGGUCUGAUAUUUAACUGGUGGUGAGAAAAUGGAAGGUUACUUUGUGUUUUAAAGUUGGUUUUACAGUGCUCUCCUGGGGAAAUAAUUUUUAGAGAGGAGAACAAGAUCCAUUCUGUGUAUUCUUGUGAAGAAUAAACAAACACUUUAGGGCUGUUGGGUGGGAUUGGGGAAAGGUGCAUCAUAACUCUGCAGAAUCAAGAUGUGAAGUGAAGCCUUUCUGUUCAGAUGUGAUUUGUCAAAAACUAUGAUUUGGGGGAACAUUUAAGCAAAUCUGACUUGGCAGUUCUAAUGUUAUAAGUGACCUUGUUGGUCAUCAAGGCAGCAUGCCAGGUUCUCAGUUUGGAAUGCUGCCUGACCAAAAAUCCAUGCCAUCAUUGGUGGCUAACCACUUCUGGGGACUCCAUGUCAUGUCAAGGAUGGCUCUUUGCAAGUGCCUUGAUUCAACCAGAACACUGUAGUCUCUUAACACAAAUAUCUGAACGGCCAUCUGAUAACUCAUGAGUGUUUGGCCCGAUAAGAAGGUCCACUCUGUAUACUGGCAUUCCUUCUGCAAUACCAUUGUAUCUCGAGAGUGUUGUUGGUGUAUACAACUCACAUCCUUCAUAUUGAAGGCGAUUCAUUUUUCCACCACACUUUUUUCUAUGUGAUGUUGAAAGUGAGAACUGACACUGAUUCUCGAUUCAAGAAUCCAGUACCUUGCACAUAAAAGAAGCAGUCUAUUUCUUGCAUAUAUUUCUCUUGCUGUUUUCAGUUUUUCUACCUAAUUUACUUUGAAGUAAAAAUAUUUUUUGUUAGAAACGUGGAUGUGACUUGUUUUGGACGUGUGGUAGUAUACUUGUUCAGAGGUGUGUGUAAAUCCAUUCUGUAAGAUCUUAAGGACAGGAGUCCCCGAAUGUUUGCUUCUAUCAUUGUGCACAUUACCAAGAGGUGUUCAGAGAAUGCAGUUAAUUUUAACACGUGUGAUCUGCUAUGCUGGAAAAAUACUAUUGGAAUAACACUGCUGUGACUGUAUGUGAGGUUUGGCUAGCACCCACCAUUUUUCUGCUCUAAGUAUUUCACUCUCCUUUAGCUAUCCUUUGUGAACUUCUCACUUUAAGAAUAAAUGUGUUUGAUAUAUAAGAGUAUGUUUCCUUUCUCAGAGUCACAGUCAAAUAAGAAACCAUCAACCAAGAGUCCCCUGUUUUGGUUAAGAACAAGUGAGCAUAGUUGGGACCAGGAAUUGGAUCCACCUGAGCGGAAGGUACCAGCCAUUAGUGAACACACUUCCAAACUUUUGGCCAAUGGAACUGGGUCCCAAGGGAUGUGGCUUGGAGCUGCUGCAAUUGUUUCCUCAGUACUCCUGUCUGUGCUUACUGGUCAUCAUACACAUGGCCUGCUGGGUCAAGGUUACCUUGGGGACCACUUCUUAGCUUUAAAAUGGGGAGGGGGUAGUGUGGGAAGGCUGCAAUGGCUCCCGUAAGCUCCUGCAGCCCUCCCUAUCCCCAAAGGAUCCAAGUUCCUAGUUGCACAUAGGGAGAGGGCUAUGGGCAUCAGUGCCACAAUGGUGGGGGAGGCUCAGCUUCUUGGGGUGAGAGUCACAACACAAGUUGCAGUUCCAGUUUUUGCCUAAAAAUCCAGAAAGGUCUUCUGCAUUUGUAUCUUGAACUUAAAGGGAAAUAAUGACCAGCAUCUUGGCAAGACCCAAUUAUGAAGCGUCAACUUAUAACAUCGUUUAUCAGAAGAAGUUUUCAACUUCUGGCUUGCAGUAUCUGUCUGCAGAUAUAUUUUGG